AUGUCGCCUCAGGGAGAUAACAACCGCGCCCAGGAGGUUCCUGGAACCCCGGAUUCCGGCAUUGGCAUGACCGAUGCGCAGCAGCUUGGCGCCAUGGCCAAUGCUAUCAACGGUGCCCAGAGCGCCAUAGUGGUUGUCGAGAUUGAUGGCGUCACUUUCCGCUACACCUUCCAGCAGCUCACUGAGAUGGGUACUGUGCUAGCCCAUGCUCGUUCCCAGGGUCUCUUCCCUCCCACCACCGCUGCAGCCCAUGAUUUCCAUGCCAUCACCCAGGAUUACCUCCGCUUUAUCCAGCUCUCUGCGGCCCGCGGUAACGCCCCUCGUGAGGAGUGGAACCAGAUGCGUGACGUGGUCCAGCUUCUCGUUGAGAUCACUCAGGAAAUUCGGGCUCGUGAUAAGGUCGCAGCCGAGAAGACUGAGGAGGAGCGUGUUCAGGCUCAUGUUGCCAACAUGAUGAGCGGUGUUAGUGCCGAAAACAAGCUCUACGACAUUGUCAAGCACGCGGUUACCUUUGCAAUGAACAAUGGAUCUGGUGACGAGGCUGCCACUGUCACUGGUCAGAAUAUGGCAGCUCUCCUUGAUGGAAUUCGAGGUGUUAUUAGAGAGAUGGCCGGACAGGGCACUCAUAACGUUGAUGGUGUAAAUGUUGAGGCUGUCUUGGAGGAUGUCUUUGGAAUGAUCGACUUUGCCCUUGGUCAUUCCGUGGGCCCUCUUGACAGGAAUGUCAACGCCUUGGGUGGACGUGUCGCGCACAUGGAUGGUCAGAUCAUGCACCUCAACGCUAUCGGUCAGCAUGUCAAUGCCAUUGAUGGUCAUGUUCACUCUCUUGGCAACAACAUCAAUGCGUUCGGCACCCUGUUGAACUCGACUAAUGGCAAUGUCAUCUCUCUCACCACUCAGAUCGCCCUCCUCCAGACUAUUGUCAAUAUGCUUCCCCGCAUGAUCGCUGAGGCAUGUGAGCAGAUGCUCCCUGGAGCUGCCCAGGAGGCCAUGGGUCCUAUCAUUGCCAUCAUUGAGGGCCAUCUUGGCACCGCCUUGCCUAUUGGUGCUGCUCAUGGCACUCAGCAGCAGCCUAGGGGACUAAAGAAGUUCUUCAAGUCCGUCAAGAAGCUGUUCCGAAAGAACUAA